AUGGGUCGACAAGGUGCCAGAUACAAUGCAAAGGCUCGAGCAGCAUCACAUCUGACUACAUCUGCCAAGCCCCAUUCGAAACCCCGUGAUGGUGGUAUCAAGGCUUCCAUUCAAAAAAUAAAUCCUACAGUGAUUGAGGCUGCCCGCAAAACACUACAUGCAACUAAGCCCAAGUCGGUCCUUUCUACUAAUGAAACUACCAUUCAAAAAGAGGAUUUAUCCAAUCAGACUGAAUAUACAUCACUUCUGAUUCGAUCAAAUGUCUACUAA